AUGAAUAAUUAUAUUUGGAAUAACACAUAUUCUUUAGAAUUUUUAAGUGAAGACUUUUAUGAUUUGAAUAUCAGUACGAAAGACAAUGUGUAUGAAAUAAUAAAAAAAAAAAAAGACGAGAAUGAAGUUGAGAGUUUGAGUAUAAAUAUCAGUAGUCAUAUAUGUAUGUUUGUUCAAUUAAUAGAUAAUAUAAUUGGAAAAUUAAGUUAUAAUAAUGACAUAAUAAAUGAUACAUUAAAUUAUAAGAAAUUGUCUGAUGUUUUUAAUUUUAUAAAGAACCAAUUAUAUAAUUGUGAUUAUAGUUUAUUUUUAAGAAUCUAUUCAAUAUAUCAUACUUAUAAUCAUAGAAAAAAUGGAUACUUAGAUGUCAAUAAUUUAUAUAAUUUCAUUUUAGACAUUAUUAAUAAAAUAGAAAAUUUAAAUGAAAAUAAUUUUUUAAUUUUACCAGGAGGUUUUUAUUUACAGAAAGAAAAAAUGUUAGUUAAAAUUUUAUAUAUUAUACACAGAAAAAAUAAUUUAUAUAGUUUUGCAGUUUUAAACAAUUCUAUAUAUGGAACACAAUAUCAUUCAUUUAAAAUAGAUGAUAUAGAUAAUCUAGGUAUUUUAUUAAGAGAUGUAGUAUUGUGUAUAAAAAAUAUUCAAAAAAAUUAUUUAACAAAUUCAUUGUUUUGGUUAUGUCUAUAUCGUUUAUAUAUAUUUCCUAAUGCUGAUAAUGUAGACAUAUUAUAUCAAAUAUUAUUGCCUUAUUUAAAUAAUUCUUUUCUUACAAAUAAUUGGAAUAUAUGUGAUAAUAAUACAAUAAAUGUGGUUUCUGGUGAAAAUGGUUCUAAAGAUCAGUCGAAUGAUCAUAUGAACACAAAUAAUAAUAUAAAUAAUAAUAUUAUAAAUAAUAAUAUAAAUAGUUAUAAUAACAACAACAAUAAUAAUAAUAAUAAUACAUCAUUUGAUAUGAAUUUUUCAAAUUUUAAUAAUAAUUUAAAUCAUGACUUUAAUAAAGUACAAUCCAAUUAUGGUAAUGGUCCAAAUUAUAUGAACAAGUCAGGUAAUAAUUUUAAUGAUUUUGAUAAUUUUAAUAAUAUAAAUAAUUUAAAUGAUUUUGACGUAUGGAAUAAUUUUGAUUUUAAUAAUAGUGAUAAAUUUCCAAAUGAUUUCAAUUCUUUUAAUGAUUUCGAUAUAAAUAUGUUUCAAAAUAAUAACAAUAAUAAUAAUAAUUAUAAUAAUAAUAAUGUAAUGAUGACUAGCCAAAAUGCACCUGUCCAAUUUUCUGAACAGGCAAGGUAUAAUGAUAAUAAAAAUGUGAGAAAAAAGAAAAUUUGUGAGAAUUAUGAGAAAUAUGGAGGUAUAUAUGUAAAUUUGUAUAAAGACAAAUUUACAUCAUUUUCAAUGAGUUUAUAUUAUAGUAUGAUAUAUAUGUUAAAAGUUAUGAAUAUUGAGGAGGAAGAUAUUGAAGUAUUUAAAAUUUUUAUAUAUUAUAGUAUUAUAUUAAAAUUGUGUGAUGAUUUAAUGCGAUACGAAUAUAUAGAGAGGAGAAAAAAUGAAAUGGGUAACAUAAGGAGUAGUCAGCAUGAUAAUGGUAUUAACAAUAACAACGAUGCUAAUCAUAAUAAUAAUAAUAAUAAUAAUAAUAAUAAUAAUUUUUAUGGUAAUCAGGUUAAUAAUUAUAAUAAUAAUUUUAGUCAUAAUAAUGUGUCAUCCACAUAUAACAAUAAUAAUAAUAGUGAACUUCAGAAGAGUGAAAAUAAGAACGAUCCUAAUAGAAUAGAUGAUAUAUUUUUUGUGUUUUUAGAUAUGAGUGUAAGAAAAUUAUGUGUAUUAUUUCAUUUAUACUUUUGUAAGAUGAAGGUUGAUGUGUACGAUAAAAGUAAGAUGAUUAGAAGUAAUGUGUUGAAUGAAAUAAUGAAGAAAAUAUUAUUUGUUAAAUAUAUGUAUAAUAAGAUAGAAUUAAAAAUCCAUUCAGAUUUAACAUUAAAUGUUGAUAUUAUUAAGAAUAGAAAUUAUAUGAAUUCAAUAAAAUUUCCUAUGUAUAUAAAAUUUGAAGAAGAAUUAUAUAAAAGUUAUCGUAAGGUUGAGAUAAAAAAAGAUAUAAAUAUGCCUAUAUCAUUUUAUAUAUCUCGACGUAAUAUUGAAAGUUUUAAUGAUUUAUAUGUUAUAUUAUAUGAAACAAAUUUAAUUACAAAUAUAUUAAUAAAUCAAAAAAGUUAUAUAAAACAUUGUUAUAUAUUAGCAUUCUCAUUUAUUAGUCAUGUAUUAAAUAAUGUAAUACCUUCAUCUAAACAUUUUAUUUAUUUGUCAAAAUGUGUUAAAUUGAAAAGAGGUUUACAGUUGAGUAUUUUUUAUGAAAUAUAUCGUAUGUAUAACAAUAUAUAUUUCAUAUCAUGUUCAUUACAUGAAAAUAAAGAAAUUAUUAUGUAUAAAAUAAUUAAUAGUUCUAUGUUAUUGUUUUUAUAUGAUUUUUUGUUACGAGUUAAAUGUGUAGAUGUAUGUUCAGUUUUUUCAAUACAUUAUAAUGGUUUUACCAACGACUCCAGUUAUUAUAUGAAUCAAAGAAGAAGGAAAAGGCAACAAUAUAAAGAAUAUAAAAAAUAUAAAAAAUAUAAAAAAUAUAAAAAUCGUGGAAAAGACAGAAUUAUAAAUAAGAAUAAUUAUGGUGAUACUUUAAAUGAUAAAUAUAAUAAUAAAUACAAUAGUUUAAAAGAUAGAUACAAUCAUAACAUGAUAAAUAAUAAUGUGAAUAAUAAUAUAUCGAUGAGUAGUUAUAGUACCAAUAGUGAUAUUAUUAAUAAUAAUAGUAGUAAUAAUUAUUAUAAUGAUGAAUAUUUUGUAUAUGAUAAUAUAAAAAAAUUGAAGAAAUGUCGUAACUAUAAUGAUAAUAAUAGCUAUUCCUCUCUAGAUGAAUUAGCGCAUGCAAGUGAAGGCAAUAUUAGAUUAUCUGGUUAUUGUAUCGAUAUAUCAGUAUUAGAAUGUUUUAGUAACUUCUUUUUAAUUAUAAACCCUAAAUUAAAUAUAAUACGAUCUGAUGUUAUAGAAUAUUUUUACAAAAUUAAUGAGAAGAAAAUAAAUAAGAAUAGUCAAUUAUUUUUAUUUGAAAAAAGUAAUGAUAUAAAUACAAGUGAAAUUGAAAUAUUAGAAAAUAUUAGUUUAGAUUUAGGUUUUGAUAGAAAGAAGAAUGAUAUAAUAGAAUAUUAUUGUGGUGAAUGUAUUUUAUUUAAGAAUUUAGUACCAGAAUUUUAUCAUUUGAGAGAUAUGUUAUUUAUAUUUAAAUCUUAUAUGUGUCCAUAUAUAGAAAAGUUACCACCUGUAAAAGUGUAUAAAUAUGAUGAUAUAAAUUUAAAAUUUGAAUAUAAGAAUAAAUUAAUAAUAAGUGUAUAUAAUAAAAAGAUUGAUAUAUGUGGAUAUAUGAGUCCUCCAAAAGAUACGAAAUUUAAUUUCUUUUCUUAUAUAUAUCAGUUUAUUCAAACACAAGAAAAUAAAAAGGAUAAUUGUAUAUUAACAUAUUCUAAUCCAAAUAUGUAUAUAGAAGAUAUAUAUAUUGAAAAUGAAUUGGAUGUAUUAUAUGUUAAUGAUUUACCAUAUUUUCAUCCAUCAUUAGAUUUAAGAGAUGUAGAAAUCUUAUUGCAAUAUUUGACUGUACCCUAUAUACGUAUACCAUUAAUAUUAGAAUUUUUUUGUGAUAAAAAUAGAAUAAAGAGUUUUGAAUCAUUUGAAAUACAACAGUUAAUAUUAUGUAUUUUGUUUGAGCCUUAUAUUUUUAAAAAUAAAUAUAAAAAUGUAGAAGAAGAUAAUUUUAUACCAUCUAAAGAUAGAAAUGUAUUUGCUACAAAAUAUGGUUUAUUAAUAAAUGAAUUAAUACAUAGUCCAAAAAAUGUAUUAUGUAGUGUCUAUUCUUAUUUAGAAAUAUUUUUUACAUUUGAUAAUAACAACAGUAUAAAUCAAAAGGUUAUAUUAAUAUUUAUAAUUAUUAUAAGUUCAUAUGUUAAUUCGUAUAUAAAAUUAGUGUUAGAGACUAAUAAGGAGAUACGUAGAAAUUUGAUGAAUAUUGAAAAUAUAAUAAAUAAAAAUAAGCUUAAAAAGAGGAGCAAAUUAUAUAAGGAAAAAAAAUCACAUCAUCAUAAGGAUAUGAAAAGGGAUUCUAAGGAAGAAGAAAAAAUCAUAUCAAAUAAUAAUAAUGGUGAUAAUAUAAAUAAUGAUAAUAUAAAAAAUGAUAAUAUAAAAAAUGAUAAUAUAAGUGGCGAUAAUAAUCAUAAGGAUCAUACUAAUGAAAUCAAUUUUAAUAAUAAUGAGCGUAAUUAUUAUAAAUAUAAAAAAUAUAUAGAAAAAAGAGAAAGAAGAAAGAGAAUGUUUAAGUUUUUAAAUAAACUUAAAAGGAAGUUGAUAAAAAAUGAUUUAUAUUGCUCUGAUGAUGUUUUAUUAAAUCUAGAAAAAUAUUACAAAAUGAUAAAAAAAAAAUUACAGAAUAAUGUAUUAGAUUUAUUAUUAAAAAAUAUACAAAUGUAUAUUCAAAAGAAUGAUAUAACAACUAGUAGUAUAUUUUACGGUUGUAUUUUAUUAAUAUAUCGAGAUAUAAAAUUUAGAGAAUUAAAUAAGAAUAAUGUGAAACAUAUUUUAUCGUCUAUCUUUUUUAUAUUAACAUAUUAUAAUUUUAAUGCAGAAACAAAUUAUUCGGAUUUAAAAAAUAUAUAUGGUUUAGGUUCUUUAUUUGUAAAUAAUAACGAUGGUAGUUCUAAUAAUAAUAUUGGAGGAGAAACAAGAUAUUCAUUACAGAAGAGUAAUAAAGUAGGUUUAAAAGAAAAUAACAAUAAUGAGAGAGAUACAUUUUCUCUUUUAAUUAAAACAUUUUCUUUGUGUGAAUGUGAUUUAUUUAUAUGUAUACAUAAAUUUAGAAAUAUGUUAUUAAAAUAUUUAGAAAAGAAUGAACUAGAAAGGAAUAUAAUAUUUGAGCAUACUAUACAUAUAUGUGCAUGCGUCCAUGACAAUACACAUAAUAAUAACAACAACAUUGCAGGUAGUAUUAAAAAAAAUGCUUAUUAUAAUAAUAGAAUGAAUAAACCUAAUUCUAAUGUUUUCCUUAAUUUGCGUUCAAAUGAUAAUAUUAUAAGAAAAUGGCUACCUGUUCAUAAAUUUAAGCAUGUAGGAAUAUAUACCAUUGAAGAUGUAAAACAAGACAGGAAUAAAAGAAAAUAUUUAAGUAAUACAAAUGAAUAUUUAGAAGAGGAGCAAAAUAUAGGGAGAUAUACAACAAGAACGUCAAAAAAUUAUUAUGAUAAUGAAUAUGUAAAUAAUAAUAAUAAUAAUAAUAAUAAUAAUUAUGAUGAGAUUAAUAGGAAUUAUUAUUUUACUUCAUCUAGUAGCUCUUCUUAUGAUAUGGAUGACGAUUUUUCGUCUACAUAUGAAGAUAGUAGUAGCUAUAAUGAAAAUAUAUCAUUAUCUUAUUGUGAGGAUAAUAAUAAUGAGGAUAUUAAUAAUGAUGAAAAAAGAAAGAAAAAGCAAAAUUAUAAUAAAUAUAGUAAGGGUAUAAAAUUAAAGAAGAAAUUAAAAUAUGAUAAUUAUGAUGAUGAUUAUGAUGAUAAAAUUAAUAAUAAGAGUGAUAUGAAGAAAAUAAAUCCAUUACAUGACACAGAGUCUAUUAAUUCUAAUGUUAUGAAUAAUUAUUUAAGUUUACCAUCUUUUUUUAAAAAUAGUUAUUAUAAUAAAGAAGAUAAUAAUAUAUCUUAUAAUAAUAAAAUUAGGAGAAGAAAGAAUUUAAUUACAAGAAAGGAUAGUAUAUUAAGUAAUAAUAAAUAUAUAUCAUAUAUAAAAAAUAUAAUAAAAGAGAAGAAUAUAUUAAUCAAUCUUCAGUUAUUUACAUUUUCUUAUAAGGAUAAUAAUAUAAUAACAUUGAAUGAUAAUAUAACAAAAUUUAAGAAUUAUAGGGAUGUAUUUUUAAAUGGAAGUAAGAAUUUUAUGAGUAUAGAAAGACGAAGAAGAGGUUAUAAAAUGAAACGACAUAUGAAAGUAUUAAUAACACAGUCAUAUCAAAAUUUCUGUUCAUUUAAUAUAAUUGGAAAGAAACAUAAUUUAGAAAUAUGGAGAAAUUCUAGGAGGAUAACACAUCAUAAUUUGAUGUCUUAUCCUUUUAAGAAAUCUAAAAUAUUUUAUUUAAAAUCAUCAUGUCUUUUGAAUAAUAUAAACUUUGACAAAAAAAAUAAUAAUACGAACAAUAUGAAUAGUAUGAAUAGUAUGAAUAAUAUGAAUAGUAUGAAUAAUAUGAAUAGUAUGAAUAAUAUGAAUAACAUGAAUAGUAUGAAUAGUAUGAAUAGUAUGAAUAAUAUAAAUAAUAGUGAUCACCACAAUAACAUUGUAGGGCGUGAUGAAAGCCUUAUGAUUACCUUCAACAAUUUUCUUUUGAAUGAAGUUAAGUGUGGUGUAUUAUAUGAACAAGAAAAUAAUGAUAUAUACAUAAAAUUAAUAUGGAAAUAUAACGUGAAUGAAAUGGAAAGACUUAAUAAUGAAACUCAAAUAAAAAGUUCUAAUAAUAAAAAUACUGGUGAGGACAUCAAAUUGGUUGAGAAUGAUAUGAAAGAUGAAGAAUAUAGAAGAAAGAUGUUAAGAAGAAAAAGAAAGAAAGAAUUAUAUGAAUUAAAAUCAUUUAAUAUAAAUUAUGAAACACAAAAUAUUGAAGGUUUAUUUAAUUUUAAAUACGAAGAAAAUCAAUAUGAUAGUAGUUUGAUAAAUACGACUAGCGAAUCAUCAUAUAGUAACUCUAGUUCAUAUAAUUCUAUAUCCAAAAAAAUGUUAAAAAAUAAUAUAAAUGAUGGAGAAGAAAAUAAAAGUGAUAUAUCUUCAAAAUCGUUUACUAGUAGUGUAAUUAUGAUGAUGAUGAAUAAUAAGAGUUCUUCAAAUUUGUCUAGUUCAGAUGAUAGCACUAUAAAUAAUAAUGAUAAUAACAGUAAUAAUAAUAAUAAUAAUAAUAAUAAUAAUAAUAUUAAUAGUGAUGCUUAUAAUCUUGAGAGGAAGACAAAAAAUGUAGAUCAGAUCUAUAAUGCUAAUAACGAAUCUGUUAGUAUAAAUUAUAGUACUAAUGAAGAUUGUGUUAAUGUGACAAAUAAUAAUUUAAUAAAAAAAAAAAAAAAAAAAAAUAUAAGUGAUAGUAAAUGUGAUUCUCUGUUAAAUAUGAAUGAUGAUAUAUUUAAAGAAAGUAAUAAUAAGAAUAUUAAUAUAAUAGAUUUAAAUAAAGAAAAGAAAAAGAAAACAAAAAAGGUUUCUAGAAGUAAUAAUAUAAAAAAGAAGAAUAGAUAUAAGGACAUCAUAAAUACAAAUAUAGAAGAACAUGGAUUAAGAGAAAUAAUUUAUCGUAAGGAUGUAGAUUGUAUAUUUAUAUAUAAUAUAUUUUUUCAUAUGAAUAGAUUUAUAAAGAAAUUAUAUUAUUGUAGUGAUAUAAAAAAAAUAUAUUUUUCUACCAGUAUUAAUAGAUGUAAGAAUUUGUUUUAUCAUUUUGAAAAUAAUAAUGUACGUUUGUGUUAUUAUAAUAACAGUGAAGGAUAUGAAAAAUAUAAUGUUAAUAUAUCUAGAAAUAUAUAUAACAAUUUACAAGUACAGAAUUAUAUGAGUCCAAGUUAUUUGUCAACUUUUAUACCUUCGAUUUUAUUAAAGAAUUAUAAUUUUUGGUAUAAUCAUAAUGAUAAUAGCUUAAUUGGAGAAAUAAAACAUAAUAAGAAAAAUAAAAAAAACAAAAAUUUUAUCAUAUAUAUUAAGUUGUUUAAUGAUAGACAAGAGAAUCAAUAUGAUACCAUUGAUAAUAAUCAAAGUGAUAAUCCUAUUCAUAAUAAUAACAAUGGUUGUGUUAAAGAAAAUGAAAAAAGGAUGAAUAAAAUAUUUAAUCUUAUAAACAAUUCAGAUGAGAAAAAAAUGAAUAUGUCUAGUUAUUACCCAUAUGGUGUCAUACAAAAAUUGAAUAUAUAUAAUAAUUCAAGAAAUAUGAAUGAAAAGAAAAUUACAUCUUUAAAAGUGAAUGAAGAAUAUAAAGCUUUAACACUUAUAAAUAUAUUAAACGUUGAGAAUAAUAAUGUAUAUAAAGAUUUUUAUAAUAUAUUAAAUAGAUUUGAUCAUAUAACAUAUAUAUUGAUGUAUACCUUGAAUGUACCUAUACUAUUUAAUGAUAAUACAUUUAGAGAUGAUAAUGAGAAAAAUAAAAAUAGAUAUAUAAAUGAUGAUGAAAUAAAAUAUAUGAACAUUAGUGUUGAUAUAAUUGAAAUUCCACGUUUAAAUUUAACUUUAAAAAGAAAUAAUAUCGAUAUAAAAAUAAAUAAUAAUGAGAAAAAAAAUGUUGAUUAUGUAUAUAAUAGUAAUGAGAAAUCUGGUAUAUUAAGAAAUAAGAAUACAACAAAUAAUAAUAGUAUGAAUAAUAAUAUGAAUUGUAAUAGUGGUAAUAUAAAUAAAAAGGAAGGAUGUAAAUAUUAUUUUGAAGAAUUAAAUAUGUUUAUAUAUAAUGGUAAUAUCCAAAAAUAUAAUUAUAUAUAUAAUGUAAUAAAAAAAAUGAAUAAUACUGUAUUAUUACAGAAUCAUAAAAAUGAUUUUUUUUUCUUAGUAUCAUUAUUAAAUAAACCUUUUUUCUUAAAUAUAUCUACAUUAUAUAAAGAAUUUAAUAAUAAAAAUAUUCAUUUAUGUACAUUGUUAGAAAAACAUAUAAAUGUAUUAUUAAAGAAUUAUAUGUAUGUUAGUAUUUAUUAUCACAAUUUUAAUAUAAAUACAAAUGGAAAUAAAUAUUUCGAUUUAUUAAAUGAAGAUUAUAAUAAUGAUAAUUCGAAAAAUGGCUGUUCCUUACAAUAUAUUGUAUUAUCUAUACAUAGUUCUAAAUUAUUUUUAAAUUUUAGAAAUUUAUAUAGUUGUUUUUUUUUCAUUGUAUAUAAAUAUUUAAAUAAAGAACAUGAAGAGGUUAUAGAAUAUUGUAAUAAUUUGAGUAUAUGUAAAGAAGAUAUAAAUGAAAUAAAUUAUUUAUUAAAUAUUUUAAAUUAUUGUGAUUAUUCUAUAUAUUCAGAUGUGGAUUCUUGUGCAUGUCGUUUGAAAAUUUUUCUGACAUUAUCUAAACAGAUAAAAAUUAUAUUACAGAAAAAAAGAUAUCGAUAUAAUAGUAAGAAAAAAAAUUCAUGGGAUGUAAAUAAUUAUUAUAAUAUAUUUAAUUAUGUAAAAUCACUAUGGAAUAUAGAAAAGAAUGAUGAUCAGGAUGAUAGUAGUAACAAUGAAUUAUAUAAUACUAAUGAUUAUUAUAUAAAUAAGAGAGUUUAUAAGGAUAAGUAUCAUUAUUUAGAUAGAAAUACAGGUAGAUCUCAUACUAAAGGUGCAAAUAAACAUACAUAUAAUAAUAAGAAUAGAAUGAAGAAUAAAUAUAGGAAUGAUAAGAAUUAUUAUGAUAAUGAUGAUACAAGAAAUCAUUUACAAACAUCUAACGAUAGUAAUAAUAGUAGUAUAUAUAAUACUUUAAGUGAUAUGUCUUCAUCUUCUGAUGAUAAUAAUGUAUCAUCUGAAAAAGAUAUUAAAAGAAAAGAAUUAAAUGCUGAAGAGAAAAUUAAUGAUGAUGAUUAUGAGGAAGAUGAUGAUCAUAAUGAUAAAAACAACAACAAUAGUAAUAAUAACAACAAUAAUAAUAAUAUUAAUAUUAAUAAUAAUAAUAAUAAUAUUGAUAGUUUCAAAAUGUCUAAUAAAAAGAAAAGAAAAAAAUUAAAAUCCAAAUUAGUUGGACGAUCAGGUGAUGAGAAGUGUAAGAAUAAAAAUAAAGAACAUAUUAAUAAUAAUAAUAAAAAGAAAAAGAAUAAUGGUAAUAAUAAUACUAGUGGUAAUAGUAAAAAUUUUAUGGAUAAUCAAAAUGUUUAUUAUAAUGAUGAUAAUAAUAUGGAUGCUAUUAUUGUUUAUUGGGAUAUAUUUAAAGAUAUCGUUUUUUAUAUUAAUAAUUUAUUAUAUAUAAAAGCAAAAUGUAAAUUAACUAUAGAUGAAGAAAUAUUUCUAUAUCAGAAUUGUAAUAUUAAUAUUCAUAAACAUAAAUUAAUAUAUAAUAGAUAUAUAAUAUUGAAUAGUAUAGUAGAAUCUAAAUUAUCAUCAAAAAAUGGAAACCCCUUAUUUUUUUACAACAUCUUAAAAAAGAAACAAAUAGAGAAUCAAAAGAAAAUGAGAAGUUAUGAAAUAUGUAAUAAUAAAAAGAAGAAUAUAUUUGAAAAUAUGCAUAAUAAUAAUAAUAAUAAUAGUAAUACGAAUGAAUUAAAUAAAAAGAGCAUUAUACACAACAUGGAUAUAAAUGAUAGUCAAAUGAAUAAUCAUAAUGUUAAAUAUAUAAAUAAUGACUAUAUGUCCAAUUCUAUAUAUUAUGAUAAUAAUAGAAAUUCUUGUUUUAUAAACAAAAAAGAAAAUAAUGAUUUAAAUUUUUUAAAUGAAGAAAAAGAAAUUAAUGAAAUAAAAAGAAAGAAAGAAGAAAAUAAAUACAAACUAUUAAAUUUAGAUAGUAUAAAAGAUAAUUUGUUACAUAUGAAAGAUAUUUUAAUAACUAACAGAAUUGAAGAGAAACAUGCAGAUUUAAAUAAUUUAGUUGUAUCUAUUAAUGUUCCAAAAAUAGAGAGUGUAAAAUAUAUUAAUAAUAUUGAUGAAAAUAUUUUUAUGAAUAUAAAUUUAUAUGAUAAUAUAGGAAAUAUUAUUAAUAAUAUAAGUUAUAAAAAAUUAGAAGAUAAAAAUAAUGUAGAAGCAUUAAAUUAUUUAAAUAAUUUAAUUAAUACUAUAGGUAUACAUAACUUUUUUGUUAUAUAUAAUUAUUUUAUUAAUAAUUUGAAUAUAAAAAUUGUUAAAGGUGAAAAUACAUUUUUAUAUGCUAAUUUAUUAUCUCGCUUUUUAUAUUUUUAUAAUUAUAAUAUAAGUCAAUAUAGUAAAAUUAUUUAUAUAUUUAUUUUUAUAAUAAAUCAUCAAGAAAUUAUAAAUAUGUUACCAAAGAUUGAUGAUCAAAAAUUAAAAAAGAAUUAUUUGAAUUUUUUUAAAACCAAUGAUUCUUUAUUUAAUUUUUUUAAUGAUAUAUUUAAAUUUGUCCAACAAUAUCAAAGUGAUAAAAAAAAAAAAAUAGACAAAAAUAUUAUACCAUUAAAAAUAAAUAAUAAUAUUAAUAUAUCAGUGCGUGAUCCAAUGAAAUAUAGAUUAAUAAUAAAUAUAAAUGUCGAUGAUUAUUUAUGUGAAAAACGAAUUAUUAAACCUUUCGAAAUUAAAAAUGGGUUCUAUGUAGAUUCUGAAUUAUUAAAUGAAUUAUGUUUUAGUCCAUUCAAAAAAUUAUAUAAAUAUUUAAGAAAAAUAAAAGGUACAAAUAAAAUAGAUUCUGUGCAUGUAGGUAUAGAUAAAAAUAUAGAUUAUGAUAAAAAUGAUAUAUGUAAAAUGGAUAAAGAAAAAAAUAUAUACCUCCAAAAUAAACAGAUAAAUAUUGAAAAUCAUAAUAAGAAAGAUGAUUCAUGUAUUAUCUUUGAUGAGGAUGGUAAUAAAAAGAAAGAAGAAAUGUCUAUACCUACGACGCAUUUAAAUAACUUAAAACGGAUGUCAACUAUAGAUGACAGAUUAGAUUAUGAGGAUAAGAAAAGAAAUAAAAUAUUAAAUUUUGAUUUUGAGAGUUCUAACUUUUCUUGUCAGAAUAGUUAUUCAAAAAAUUUUAUAAGGAACAUGAAAAAUGAUUAUAAUAAAUAUCUGGAUUAUGAAAAGAAAAAAAUAGAUUAUGAAUUUAUUGGUUUCAGUGUUGAAGAAAUAAAAUUGACAUUUAACAAUAUAAAGAAGCUGAAGGAAUAUGUUAAUAUGUUUGUAAGUAUUAAGGAUAUAUUAUUAGAAAUAUUUAUGGGAGAUAAUAAAUUGUUAGAAUGUAUAAAUGAAUAUAUUGAUGAUUCGAUGAAUAUAAAUAAGGAAAUGAUUAGAAAGGAAAACGACACAAAUAAUAAUAAUAUUAAUAAUAAUAAUAUUAAUAGUAGUAGUAAUAAUAAUAUUAAUAAUAAUAAUAUUAAUAGUAGUAGUAAUAAUAAUUUUUAUUCGUAUGAUAUGAAUAACAAUUUAUCAAGUGAAGAAGAUAUAAAUUUAUUGGCUAAUAAAUAUUUAUAUAAAUUUGGUAUAUUAGGAAAAGCAGAAAAAGAAAUUAAUUUAAAGAUAUUAAUAAGUUGUUUUAUGUCUAAAUAUGCAUAUGAAUAUUUAAUGCUUAUUAACCCUAAUUUAAAUAAAAGUCAUUCAGAAAAAUAUAUAAAUAUUAUUUUAUUGUAUAUGCUAAUUAUGAAUAGAAAAAUGUUUUUACAUGAAUGUAUUAAUAAUGUAAUAAAUAUAUUGAAUAUAUUUAAGGUAUACAAUUUAAAGUUGAAAAUAUUAAAGCAAAGAGAAAAGGCUUACAAAUCAAGAACAUCAUUAGCAUCAACUAAUAGUGACACCAUGAACAAUAAUAAUAAUAAUAAUAAUAAUAAUAAUAAUAGUAAUAAUAGUAAUAUUCAUAUUAAUAGUGAACAUAUUAAUGUUCUUAAUAAAAUAUUAAAUGUUCAAAAAAAAAUUAUCAAUAAAGCUAUCAAUACCAUAAAGUUAGGAACUAAACAAUUAACUCAACUUACUACUACAGAAAGACAUUACUUUUCUUUAAGAAAUAUAUCUAAUAAUAAAAAGGUUCUUUAUAAAAAUUUAGAAUAUAAUUCGGAUUCAUCAGAUGUAUCUUCCUGUUAUUUUUCUAGUGAUAAUAAUGAUUUUGAAGAUAAAGAUAAUAUAAUGAAUCCCAAUCACAGCAACAACAAUAAUAAUAAUAGUAAUAAUUAUAAUAAUAAUAGUAAUAAUAAUAAUAGUAAUACUUUUAAUUGUAGUAUUAAUCAGAGUGAUAGAAAUAACGUGUCGAAUAAAAUUUCAUCAGAAUUUAUAAAAUAUUCAGAGAAAGAUUGUAAUAAUACUUACUAUUAUACUUAUGAUCCUAGACUACUUAUUUUUGAAUAUACGAACAAUUUAAUUAUUAGAAAAAAACAAGUGAAAAUGAUAAAAAAAUUAAAACGUGAUUUUAUAAAAAAGAAAAAACAAUAUUGUUAUCAAAUAAUUAUGGGAGGAGGAAAAACAACUGUAUUAUCACCAUUAUAUUUUUUAAUAUUUUCAAAUUAUUUCUUAAUAUUUAAUAUGUGUCCUCAUCCAUUAAUACAUUUUACAAUGAAUAGUUUCCGUUCUAGAUUUUCUUCUAUUAUCAAGAAAAAUAUUUUUUAUUUUAAUUUUAGUCGUUAUAAUAAUAUAACCACAGAUUUGUAUAUUAGCUUAUGUAGUGCAUUAGAAAAUAAAUAUAUAUUAGUAACUAGUCCUACAUGUGUAAAAUCAUUAUUUUUAAAAUUAAUUUCAACAAUUCAAGAAUUGAAUAGUAUUAAAACAUUUGACAUGCUAAAGCAAAAGGCAAAAACACAUAUUACAGAUGCAUUAACAAAAUUUUUAGGUUUUCAAAAUGAAGAACCGAAAGUUAUAAAUCCUGGUGUUUCAAAUGCGGUGUCAUUAGGAAAGAGUAAUAUACAUAAUAUACAUAAUAAUAAUAAUAAUAAUAAUAUGUCUUCACAGUUUUCAAAGAAUGGUUCCAUUAGUUGUGUUUCUUCAGAUUAUAAUAUGUUAAAGAAACAGUUAGAUUUAUGUAUUCGUAUUUUUGAUAUAUUAAAUAAGAGUAUCUUAUUAAUUGAUGAAGUGGAUAAUGUAUUACAUCCAUUGAAAAGCGAAUUACACUGGCCUUAUGGUAUUAAUAGAGAUAUUGAUUUAGUUUCUGUGGUAAGAAACUUUACAGAUAUAUUUAUGAAUAAUCCAUAUUUAAAAUUUUUAUAUAAUAAUAAGGAUGAUGAAAAUGUAGAUAUAAAGAAGGUAAAAAUUUCCAUAAGUAAUAAUAUGAAGGCAAAUGAUAAUUUAAUAUAUAAUAUAAAACAAUUAAAAGAAAAUGAAGAAAGAGAGAGGGAUCAAAAUAAAUUAUUAAUUAAUUAUAAUAACGAUCAUAUGUUAAAAAAUGAAAAUAGUAGUAUGUAUCAUAAAAAGGAAGAUAUGUUAGGAAGACAUGGUAAUUCAAUUGAUUUGAGUGAAAGGAAUAGUACUACUUUAACAACAAGUGGUGAUAUUAUCAAAGCUUUAAAUAAUAAUGAAAAGGAUAUUAGUUUUACUCAUAUAGAUUUAAGUUUAUUUAGAUAUAAAUUAUGUUGGAUUUUAAUUGAUUUUUUUUUCUAUCCUGUAUGUAAAAAAUUAACAGUACCUAUGAAUAUACCUUUUAAUACAAAUGCUGAUUAUAUUAAUGAUUUAUUAAUACUGUUUAAUAAAGAAGUGGAGAUAGGUGUAAAGAAUCAUGAUAUAUCAUUUUUACCUCAUUUUCAUAUAAUAAAUUAUAAAUGGUAUGAUAAUAUAGUAUGGAUUAUAGCUAGAUAUGCAUAUUAUUUUUUAUUAUCAUAUAAAUUUAAUGGUUUAUCACAAAAAGUGGUUGAAUCUUAUUUAUGUAUACCUCUUUGUAUUGGUUAUAAUGAUAUAGUAAGUAAUAAAGGAAGAAAUAAUAAUAGUAAUAUGAAUUAUUCAACAAUGAGAAGAUUAUUAAAUAUAAAAAAGAUACAUAAUAAAAAUUAUAAUAUGAAUAUAAAUAAUAUACAUAUGAAUAAUAUAAAUGAAUCUGACAUUUGUUUUUCUAAUGAUUAUCAUUUAAAAAUAUUUGAAAAAAUAAAUCAACUGGAAUUUGUAUUUUGUAAAAUGUUAAAUUUAUGUCGUCUAUAUAUAAAUGGAAUAUUGCCAUUUGUAUUUACAAAAAUAAAUACUGUUCAUUAUGGUAUUUUAUCAGUUGAACAAAUAAAUAAGUGUAAAGUAAUUAUGAGUAAGAGUAGAUAUUUCUUAGCAGUACCUUAUAUAGGAAAGGAUACACCUUCUAGUAUGUCUGAAUAUACAAAUGUAGAUGUUGUAGUAGCAUUAACUAUAUUAUCAUAUAGAUAUCAAGGAAUGAGAUAUGUGGAUUUUAUGUUGUCUCUUAAAAAUAUUUUGUAUAAUUAUUCAUUGGAAAAGGAUAAUGAGCAUAUAAAAAAUGAUACAUCAUCAGAUCAUACAUCAGAUCACACAUCAGAUCAUACAUCAGAUAACACAUCAGAUCAUACAUCAGAUCAUACAUCAGAUCAUACAUCAGAUCACACAUCAGAUCAUACAUCAGAUCAUACAUCAGAUACAACUAUAGAUAAUCAUAUAACUCAUAAUCAUUCAUGUCAAUCUUCUCAUUCGAGUAGUGAUCUAUCAGAAGAGGAUAUAUCUACGAAAAAAUAUAUUUCUCAUAAAAAGGAUAAGGUCUCAGAAUAUUAUAUGUCAAAGGGUAUAAAUCACGUUAAUGAUUCGAAAAAUAAAGAAUAUAUGAAUGAACAAUAUAUGGAUGGAAAAGAAAAUUAUUCUUCUAAUAUACAAAGUGGUACAUUAUCAUCCUCUUCAUUUUAUAGUUCAGUUGAUAAUAUAAAAGGUGAGGGUCCAAAAAAUUUAGAAAAUUCUGAUGAGAGAAUUAUUCCACCAAAUUGUGUAAAAAAAAAUAUACACAUUGGAAAGGAAUUAAAGAUAAAUAGGGACAUGAAAAAUGAAGUAAACAAUGAUACAUUAUCAAAUGAAAAAAAUAAUAAUUAUAAUAAUUAUAAUAAUAAUAAGAAUAAUUUAAAUUAUUAUGGGGGUACAUUUAAAAAUGAUGAGAAAAAAAAUAAAAAUAGACGAAAAAAAAAAAGGAAUGAAUAUCAUUGCAAUAUUGAUCAAAAUAAUAAACCCCAACAAACAUAUGUUGAAAUAAAAAACAUGUAUACUUUAUAUAAAGAAAUUAUCGAAAGUAGUGGUGCUAAAAUUUUGAAGACUAAGAAAUAUAUUAAUAAUAGUAAUUUUUUUGAUUAUGAUAAUAAUAUAAAAAGAAGAAAAGAAAAGAAAAAAAACAAAUUAGGAAAUUAUGUAGAUAAUAUUGAUAAAAUAAAUUUAAAUGAUAGUGAAACAUUAUAUAAUCUAUACAAUUUAAUAAGAAUGAAUCCAUUAUUAAUAAGUUAUUUCUUAUUAGGAAUUAUAUUAGAAAAAUAUAUUAAACAUACCGAAAAACAAUUAUCAUCCAAUUCACAAGAUUUUACAAAUAAUGUUUUAUUUAAAUAUGUAUUAGGAUAUAGUGGUACUAGUAAUGAUAUAUUACCAGAAGAAAUACGUAAAUGUAAAUAUGAAAAGAGAACUAUAGGUUCUAUAUUGAAUAUUAUUAAUGAUACUAAUAUUGUUAAUUUUAUAUUUUUGCCUUCCAAAUUUUCACCUAUUCAAAUAUUAAAAAGUUUACGAUAUUCCAAAAUCAAAUUUAAUAGUUUAAUAGACACAGGUUAUUUAAUUAAUAAUAUAUCUCCAAAGAAAGUUGCUUAUUAUAUAUUACAGUUUCUUGAUUAUAUCGAUUGUUGUAUAUAUAUAGAUAAUGGUAAGCACAUGUGUAUGUUGCCUUUAGAAAAAAGGAGACAUCUAAAAAAACCAAAAAGAACAGAAAAAAAAAAAAAAAUAAAAGGUGAUAAUGAGGAGAUGUUAGUAAAUCCUGAAUUGUUGAAGAAGGGAUAUGAUGUCAAAAGUGAAGGUAAUGAAACUAGGUCUAAUAAUAUUAAGGAGAAAUAUUUAUAUAAAAAGAAAGUAAAAUCAAGAAGAUCUAGAAGAUCAAAAAACUGGAACUCAAAGAUAGAAGACAAUCUCAACUUCAGUGUUGAAAUAAUUCCUCUUCAAGAUUGUUAUGUUUCAAUAAAAAGACGUUUUAUAUAUUUUGAUCAUAUAAAUACUUUUGGUCAGGAUAUAAAACAAUAUAUAAAUGCAAAUAGUUUAGUAACUGUAAAUAUAGGAAACGAUAUAUCAUCAUUUAGUCAAGGCGUUUUUAGAUUGAGAUCUAUAGGAAUGAAUCAAAAAAUAUUUUUCUUAAUACCACUAUGUCUUGUAAAAUUGAUGAAUAUAAAUACGAAUUUGUUUAAUGAGUUAAUAUAUUCAUAUUAUAUGAACAGCAACAAUACAAAUGAAAAAAGAAAAAAAAAUCAUAAUAUAAUAAUAUUAAUAAGAGUGAUAACAUCAUCAAGAGGUAUGAAAAAAUUCCAAAAGUCUAAAAAGGUCAUAAUAAAAAUGUGUAAUAAAAAUUAUAGUGAUGAUAGUAAAUCAGGUUCUGAUUCAGAUCCUAUUCUCUUUAGCAGUACAGAUAGUAGUGAUAGCAAUGAUACUUAUAAUAGUAGUAAUAGUAGUUAUGAUAAUAAUAUUGAUAAUAUCGAUAAUGAUAAAAAUCAUUUUGAAUUAUUUAAUACAUAUGAAAAUACAAAUAAUAAUAACUAUGAAUAUAUUUUAAAUAAUGAUUAUAUUGAUGAAGAAAAUAUGCUUUAUAUGAUUGAUUGUUAUAAUAGUAUCUUUUUAGAUAAUGAGACCAAAGAAAAUGUAUUAAAAGAAUUAACACAUUUUUUAAUUUUAAAUAAUAUUAAUAAUAAUAUAAAACAAUGUGAAUUAUUAUGUGUACAUGGAAUUGUAAAUUUAAUAAAAAAGAAAAGUAUAAAAACAUUAAUUGAUAAUUAUAUAAAUAUAGGUGUUAUAAGUUAUAAAGAAUAUCUAGAUAUAUUCAAUACUAGUAUAGAUUUCGAUAUUCAAACACAAGUACCAUCUAAAAAUAAUUCACUCUUAUGCAUAGUCCAACUGAUAGAAAAAUUUCAUAAAAUAUUUACACCACAAGAUGAAUUAUAUAUACAACAUAUUAUAUAUAAAUAUUUCUGUUUACAUUAUGACUUUUCUAAUAAAACUAUUUAUAUGUAUUUUGAUGCAUUCUUUCCUAAGAAAGAUUUUUUAAAAAUCAAUGUAUCACAAGUAAUAUUAGAUUUGUUUAAUAAACUCAAAAAAAUUAAAAAAGACAACAUGAUAUUAAACAAGAAAAAAACAUUGAUCAAAAUAUCUGAGAAUAAUUGUGGUAUUUAUAAUAAUUAUAAUAAUAAUGAUGAUGAUGAUAAUAAUAGUAAUACAGAUAAUCAUUUAUUUAGUAUGGAAAAUGAACAAGAAAAAGAAAAGGAAAAAGAGAAAGAAAAGGAGAAAGAAAAAGAGAAAGAAAAAGAAAAAGAGAAAGAAAAAGAAAAAGAAGAAGAAAAAAUUGUAGAUGAUCCAAAAAAAAAAAAUAUAAAAUAUAAAAAAGAUGAAUAUAAAUUAUAUCAUUGGACUGUUGAUGAUAUUAAUAUUGAUUUAUAUGGUAUGACAGAUAAAGAUCAUAUUAAUAAUAAAAGCACAAAAAAUUUUAUGAAUAAUAAAAUAAAUGAAACGUUUAAAAAAUUAAGAGAUGAUGGUCCAUUAUUUAUUCCUUUGAAUAAAAUGUGUGUGAAUGAUAUAUAUUUGAACUUUCCUUCUUAUGUUUAUGUAUCUAAAAAUUUUAUAAAUAAUGAAAUUAUAAAUACUAAAAGGGUAAAAAAAUUGAAGAAUGUGUUGGUAGUAAUAGAGUGUGUAUAUAACAGCAAUGGGGAUGAUAAUAAUAUUGAAAGUAAGAUAAAUAUUAAUAAUAUGAAUAGUGCUAAAAAUAUAAAUAGUGUUAGUAAUAUAAGCAAUAAUAAUAGUAGUAAUAAUUAUAUGAAUAAUAAUUAUGAUGUAUAUGCAGAAAGAGAUAUACUGAAAAAUAUUUGGAAUAUAUUACAUGAAAGUGAUAAUAUUGAAGAAAUGUUAAAUAUAUUAGAUAUUAAUCCCUUUAAAUAUUCUUAUGAUUUAUCUAAUAUUAUAAGAAAUUAUUUAGAUAAGAAUAAAAAUGUUAAUAAUAAUCCAUUUAUAAAUUUUACUCACAUUUUGAAUGAAUUAGAAUUAUAUUUUAGUAAUAGUAAUAAAAAAUAUAUUAUAGUAAGCUUACAAGAAGCAGAGACAUUGAGAUAUCAUAUACAUAAAAAAUCGAACAUUCAAAAGAUAUAUGAAGCUUAUUUUAAGAAUAUUACAGGUCAUGCUCAUAAUAAAGAAGAAACAAAAUAUAUAUAUAAUGAUGGAAAUGAAGAUAUUAAUGUGAGUCAAAAGAAUAAUGAUCAUAUUAAAAAGAAAAUGCUUACUGUUGAGAAUAAUAUGGAGAAAGAAAAUAUGAACAUAUUUGAUAUAAUAGAUGAAAAAAACAAAAAAAAUAAUAACACCAAAAAUAAUGAUGAUGAUGUUUUGAGGAGUAAAAACAUUUGUAACGAUAUGGAUGGACAUAUUAUAAAUGAUAAUAUGAGUGAUGAUAAUUUUUUGAAUGAUCCAUGGGGCUUACAUGAAAAUAUUUCUAGUAUAAAUUUAGGUAUUGAUAAAACAAAUGAAAAUGAUAGUAUUGAUAAUUUUUUUUCAGGAAAUAUGGAUAGAAUAAAUAAUAAAAAUAAGGUUGAAGAUAAUAAUAAUAAUAAUAUAGAUAAGAAAGAAAAUAAUAUAAAAGAGAGAAAAAAUACUUAUAAUAAGAAUAUUAUGGAUAUUCUAAAUAUUAAAGGUUGUGGUGAUAAUAUAUUAGUUGGUAGUAAUAAUAUUAAUAUAAAUAUUUAUAAUUAUAAUUUUUGGUUUACUCCUAUAGAAAUUAGUGAUAAGAAUAAUUUAAGAAAAUAUUUAUCUAGACAAAUACAAAUUGUUUAUAGUGUUUGUAAAUUUUUUAAUUCUGAUCGUAAAUUUAUUGAUGCACAUGUGAAUUUAUUAUUACAAUAUUUAAAUUUCAAUCCACCUAAACAUCGUUUUAAUUAUUUCAAUGAAUUAUAUUUAAUAAGAAGACUUAUGAAAGAAAAUCAAAAUGGUGGUCUUAAAAAUAUGGAAAAGAAUUUUUAUCUUCCAAAUAAAUUACAUCUAGAAGUUUUAGAGAAAAAAUUAUUUGAAGGUAACGGUGAUAUAUAUGCAUUUAAAGUUAUUCAAGAGAGGGUAAGACAAAGUUUAAAAGAAAAGAAUUUAACAUUACAAAAAAUAUUUGAAAAGGAUUUAAAUUAUAUAUGUACUAUAGAAGAUAUAAGAAUAGUGUUGGAUUAUUUAAAUAUAAAGGAUAAAAAUUCUAUUCAUAUAUUAUUUGAUGUAUUAGGAAAAAAUAUAACUCUGCAUGAAUUAUGUUUAUUUCUUAAUCCAAUAGAAAAUAAAAGAAAUAAAAAGAAUAAACUUUUAAAAGGGAAGAAACAUCCAAGUAUGUUACAAGAUGAUACAGAUUAUUUAAAUAAUAAUAUAUCAAAUAAACAAAAAAAUUUAGGUAUUCAAAAUAAACGAUAUAAUAAUAAUAAUAAUAAUAAUAAUUAUAUGGAUCAUCAUCAUAAUUAUCUUAUAAGAGAUAUAGAAAAAUAUUUAAAGAAUUUUAGAUUUACAUUAACAGAACAUACACAUAUGAAAUUAGUAUGGUCAGGCAAAAUAGCUCACCAGAGAAUACAUAACGAUAUGACAGAUAUGAAUAAUAAAAAUAGUAUAUAUAAUAUGAAUAAUAUAAAUUCUUUAUCAUAUAAUGUUACUAAAAAUGAACAACUCAAUAAGGAUAAUAAUAUGAAUGUGAUGAAUAAGAAUAAUAUUAUUAAUAGUCAAUAUGAUUAUAUAAAGAAAUCAUCUACAAAUGAUAUUAUAAGUGAUAUGUUUUAUACAUUUCAAAAUAAAACACAUAAUAAUAAAAAUGAAAUAGACCUAUUAACUAACACAAAUGAACAAAACAAUAUGAGUAAUAUGUCUUAUAAUGAGAAUAUGUUUUAUAUAUAUGAAGCAGAAAAUGUAGAUCCAAAGGAUAGAGGAAUUAUGAGUAAGAAUAAGCAUAAAAUUGUAUGCGGUCAUUAUGCAUCAAAUAAUAUGUAUGAUAUGAAUAAUAAUAAUAGUAAUAAUAAUAGCAAUAUGAAUAUAAAUAAUAAUAUUUAUAAUAAUAUUAAUUCCUUUCCAAUUAUUGAAAUGACUGAUAUCACUAUUAAUAGUAUGUAUACAAGUACAUCAGGAAAUGAUAUGUUAAAUUUAUUAUUUCCACAUCCAAAAAAAUAUCUUUUAUUAUGGCAUGAAGAUUAUUCUUUAAAAAAUGUAAAUGAUUGUUUACAUAUAUGGAAACCUAUCCUAUCAUCUUCUGCUUAUUUUUCAAAUUGUAUUUUUGUUGGACAUGUAGCUACAGUAGGACCACAAAUCCCACCGUUAAAUAAAAUUAGAGCUAUUCCAAAGGUACUUGUAAAAAAUGUUCAAUCAAAGAAAUACUCCACAUUUUUUGCAGAUAAUAGUUUUGCUAUUGACAAUUCUGGUGUCUUCAGUACCUUAAACAUACACUUUUUUAGUAAGUUGAAUAAUGGCUUGGAGUUCAAAAAUUAUGAAGAAUUUACAUUUAAGAAUUUUUCCUUAAGUAUUAUUUCAAAGAUGAAAAAAAUAAAAUCUGUCAACGAAGAUAUAUUUAAUUUAUGGGGUGAUGAAAAUAAAGAAAUUGAACUACAAGAUGAAGAUGAUGAAUCUUCCUCAGAGUUGGAAAUUAUUGCACAACCUUAUUAA